UUAAAGAAAAAAAGAAAAGAAUGGAAGGCCCAUCAAUCAGGCCCUCGUAUUUUUCAAUUAUAACCAUCUUUUCUUCUUCUUCUUCUUCUUCUUCCCAAAAAAAUUCAGUUGUCGACUCCAUUGUUCUGAAGGAGAAACUGCUCCGCUCUUGAUCACUGACCCGUCUACUGCUUAAUCCUCAGUUUUACCACAAGCUUAAAGAAAGAGACUUCGUUUGCAAAAUGGGAAGCUCAAACACUGAAUUGAAUUCGGACUCCUCUCCCACCAUAUCCGACGGGUCAACUACCAAAGUCGCCUCCGACUCAAAAACCGAAACCGAAACCGAAACCGCAAACGAAAACGAUGAGGUAUCUCCUAGUCCUUAUGAAGUUGGUGAAAAGGUCCUUGCUUACCAUAGCCAACAAAUUUAUGAAGCCAAGGUGAUUAUAGCUGAUUAUCAAUCCAAGGAAUGGCAAUAUUAUGUUCAUUACCCUGGUUGGAACAAAAAUUGGGAUGAAUGGGUUGGAGUCAAUCGUCUUAUGAAAUAUAAUGAUGAGAAUGUACAGAAAUUCCUCGUAACAAAGCAGGGCCAAGAGAAAAACACAAAAGCAGGGCGUGGAUCACAUAUUAAACCAAAAAGUUCCAGCGCUGCAAGGGGCAGAAAGCGGAAGAGUGACUCUCUGAGUAAGGAAAAAGGCAUUCUAUCCUUAGAAAAGCUUGUGAAUCUCCAAAUUCCACCAACGCUAAAGAAGCAACUUCUUGAUGAUUGUCAAUUUAUCACUCACCUGGGCAAGCUUGUUAAACUUCCUCGUACCCCUAAUGUGGAUGACAUCAUGAAGAAGUAUCUUGAUUAUAGAUUAAAGAAAGAUGGCUUGAUUUCUGAAGCUGUUGGAGAGAUUAUAAAAGGUUUAUGUUGGUACUUCAACAAGGCAUUAGUGGUAAUGCUUCUGUACAAAAGUGAGCGUGAACAGUAUACUGAUGCAAUUAAAGAUGAUGUUUCUCCCUCAACAGUAUAUGGUGCUGAGCAUCUAUUGCGCCUGUUUGUUAAGUUGCCAGAGCUAUUGAUCUAUGCAAACAUUGAAGACGAGACACUGAUGGAGUUGCAGCAAGUAUUUGCUGAAUUUCUCAAGUAUGACCUCUCAUUGGAGACAUUCACUGUGCAAAUCCUUCAAACUCUGCAUUUUGAUCUACAUGGGUUUCUACAGAAAAAUCAGAGCGCUUUUUUCCUCUCUACUUACCAUGUACUGGAAGACACUGAAACAAGCUCCAACAGAUAAGAUGAUUAGAAUGGGGAUGUAAAGGAGGAGUUUGUACAUAAUAUAUACUAGAAUAUACAGCUGUAGGUAUAUUUUCUUUUUUACUGUGUUUAUCCAUCUCCUUUCAAGGUCGCAGAAAUUUGGAACUUAAGUGUAUUUGUCAUGCACUUUGAAUCCCCUUGGCAAAUUCGAGGCAAUUGAUUAUUCAGUCCUGUUAUUAUAUUA